UGACUCACAGGGAGAGCCAAAGGCAAGUUGCUUCACUACACUUCUCCUUUUUAAAAAUUCAAACAGCAGCCAUUGCCUCGCUUUUUCUCCUUUUCAGUUUUGUGGCAGAGGUAGAGGGCAGGUCAGUGUUCCACACCUUCUGUACAGCACUGUGUCCCUCUGCUCUCUGGAGGCACUUCCUUACUUGGAUUAUUUUUCUUAAUUGCAGUGGUAUCACUUUUUCCCCUUCAGUUUUUUAAGUCACGUAGAUCUGUCAUGUGCUCUACUGUUAACAUGGAGUUCGACACCCAAGCCCCGUGUCUUUGAGGCUUGCUUAUCAGGACUUAAUCAGGCCACCGGAGCCCUGCACGAAUGUUGCUCAUUCUGUAAGGCAGAUGAAGAUCAGCAGGUAUUCAUUGCAACUCACGGGGGAUGACAGAAAAGCUGGUGCUGGGCCACCAUUAUCUUCUACGCAGUUGUGGCAGGUGUAGAUGCUCCAGACGCAGCAGGCCCCAGGAAGAGGCUGCCUCCAUCCAGGCUCAGCGCGGCUCUUCUCUCAAACAAGUGUGAAGAGGCCACUGGAGAAUCUCAAGAAGGGAAGACAUUUUGUUGUGACCCACAGUGACUCUUCAGCAGUGACAUUGACAUUUGAACCUUGGGUGCAGUCUGGUGGAUUUUCUGGACAGUCCCUGGAGGGGUAGGAAAACACCCUACCCAUCUGUGUCCUACCCUCGGAUCUUCAUCACCAUGGCAACAGCAGUGCAGCCCAAUGAGCUAGUGUUUGAGUUUGCCAGCAAUGGAAUGGAUGAGAUCAAUCAGCUGGAUGACCCGUCCGUGUUUCCAGCUGUCAUCGUAGAGCAGGUGCCCGCCGCUGACCUGAUGCAGGUCUACUCGGGCAUGGAAUCGGACGAGGUGGCCAACGGCAUCAUGGUGGACACCACUCUACACGUGGUGGAGGAGGCCAUUAUGGUCGGAGACGUGGGCCUCUCAGAAACGACGGUGUCAGACACAGAGGACAGCAUGGAGACCAACGAGGCUGCGGCAGCCCUUCUCAACAUGGAGUCCCCGAACAACAUCCUGGACGAGAAGCGCAUGAUUCACACCUAUGGGACCAUGUUGGAGUCUGACUACACCUACAUCCCUCUUCGGCCGGAGGCCAAUGGCUGCAUGGAUGUAUCGCUGGACGAGGAAACAUCCUCCAUGGACGAGAUCCCACAGAGGAGCGUGUCCAAACCACAGAGGAAAACUAAAGUGCGCAAGCCGCGGGCGGUGCGUCCAUGCUCCCCCAUCACCACUCCCAGCCUGCCAUUCAAGAAGAAGAGCAAGGAGGGCAAAGGGAACACCAUCUACCUAUGGGAGUUCCUCCUGGCCCUGUUGCAGGACAAGAACACCUGUCCCAAGUACAUCAAGUGGACGCAGAGGGAGAAGGGCAUCUUUAAGCUGGUGGACUCCAAGGCUGUGUCCAAACUGUGGGGCAAGCACAAGAACAAACCCGACAUGAACUAUGAAACCAUGGGCAGGGCACUCAGGUAUUACUACCAGCGCGGUAUCCUGGCUAAGGUGGAGGGCCAGCGGCUGGUCUACCAGUUUAAAGAGAUGCCUCUUGACCUAGUGGUGAUAGAUGAUGAGGACACAUGCCCCGAACUCAGCGCUGGCUACGGGGGUCAGCGCCCCAGCCAUCACGGCCGGGGAAUGGGUGGCCGUGGAGGCCCCAGAGGCGGUCACGGAAAGAACCAUGCUCAUGGGCGCCAUCCUAUAUCGGUAAAACAAGUGAAGAGAGAGCCCAUUGAUAUGGAUGGAGGGCUGUACCAUGAGGUCAACGGGACACAUGCAGAACAGAUGAACCAGACGGUCCACGUGCUGCAGCCCAACCAGGGGGCGGCUGUGCCGGCCUCCUCACACAACUCGAGGAACAUCAACAUGGCUACCUCCGUUCCCAUGGUCCUGACAUCGUCCGGACAGUUGCAGCCCCUCCUGUCCAAUGGUGACUCCUCCAGCCACUCUUCCCCGCCCAGGAUUAUCCUCCACACUGUCCCCUCCACCACCGCGGGGGGAAAAGAUGUCCUCACCAUCCAGACGGCUUCCUUGGCCACCGGGGCAGGCAGCCUCCAGGACCACCACCAUCAACACCAGCAGCCCCAGUUUCUGGUCACCAGUCUGGGCUCCACCACGGGGGUCAUCAACUCCACCACGGCUUCCCUCAAUGGUCUCCCCCGCCUAGUUACCCUCAACGCGGCCACUGGUCAGCCCAUGGUGGCCCAGCAACCAGGAACAGUCAUCGCCACCGUGCUCAAGUCCUCGAGUGGUGACGAGCUCCUCCAUGGCCUGCACGGCAUCAAGGAGGAGAUGCUGGACCCUUACUACCUGCAGUCGUGGGUUAAUGGAGACCCGUCCUUUGGGAUGGAGGCAGGGGAAGCAGAGCUCACCUACAGGACUGUGAUCAUUGGGACGAAUCAAAGUCUUGGGCAGAGCCAGGGAGAGACUGGCAGCGAGUCUCCAGUGAACGGACACCUUGCCCAGGGAAGCAGCCCCAGCGAGGGCCUUACCCCUGUGGAGGAGCUGGAGGUGCGUGGGGAGAUGGCUCUGCAGCCAGAGCACAUGCUGGGGGUCAAGGGGCUCCAGGAGCUGCCGGAGAUCACCCUCCACCUCCCGUCCUCCUUCAUCCAGAUCAAGACAGAGCCCACGGAGGCCUAGUAGGCCUGGACUCUCCCACCAAAGCUGGACUAUUGGAAUCAACAUAAAAAAAGACUUCUUAACUAAGUUUCCUUUUCCUUAUCCGAAUGAUAAUCUGAUUUUGAAAAGCGAUGGAUUUUUGAAAUAUAGAGCGACAAACAGGCCAAAUGUUGGCCCCUGCAGGAUAUUUUUAUUUACUCACAGCUGUUCUGGUCACGAGCCUACAUUUGACCUUCAAGGGAUUGUUUUGUGAUGUGUUGGUGAAGGCUCCAUCGAUCCAAUAGAGCUCCACAGUGGAGGUGUUAUAAUACCCAUAAAAGCUAGCUGUCAAACAGGGAAAUGGUUUGAACCGUUUUUCCACCAUCCAUUUUUAGAAACACUUAAAAUGAGGGUGGUUUCGUGUAGGCGUACUGUGGCGUUACAUUUGAUAACCAUGUAAAUCUCUCUUGGACAAGGUGACUUUUAUCAAUAUAUUCGGUUCUAUUUACUCUCAGACUUGAAAAUGCUAAUUAGCAUCAAAGUAGACAUCAUGCAAGACUACAAAUCCCUGCAAGCUCCUACACGUCAUCUCUAACUGACACUUUGCUAACAGGUAUUGUGUCAAUUUAAAACUUGCACAAGACAGUUCACAGAAUUAUCAAUUUAGAUACAUUUUGCCAAUUUAUUCAUUACUAAAUUUAGCU